AUGGAUCUACCACCGCAGCUGCCGCUCUACCUCCACCACCAGCCCCCCAACAGCCACCGCCGCCACCACCACCAUCUCAGGUAUGAAAACGUUCUCCAUCCUCCCGACUUCUGUCCACGGCCAUAUUCACAUAAUAUCCCUCCGCCACCGCCUUUUCAACCCCAUCAAUCGCAUUUCAUUCUCUCCCCACCACCGCCGCCGCCGCCCCCACCGCCACCACCGCCAUAUCGCCGCUUGGCGCACCCUCAUCCCCCUUCUCCCUCCAAUUUUUCUCCACACAGAUCUCGUCAUUUCGAAAUCGUUUCGCCACCGAAACCCUAUCCGCAUCACAGUCACCUACUUCAUCCCCCACCACCGCGGACGGAGAUGCGGAAUAACGCACACCUGCGGCUAGUCCACGAUUAUCCUGCACGAAGUCCAAUCUUGGCAGAUGAGAUUAUUCGGAGGUCUCAUGAUUUGAGAAAUCGUGAAAGGUACCCUGGUAACAUUUGCGAUAUUCGAGAGUUGUACAAUGGUAUGGAUGAUUUGGAUAGGAGAGGGGUUAUUGGAGUUGGUGAUAGAGGUCGUGACUUGUAUGAUGAGAAGAGAGUUUUGAAUCGGGUUAGUGACUUCCACAAGAAGGUGGAAUACAGUGAGACAAGACAGGAUAGUAUUAAUGGCUGGAUUCGUGGGUUAUAUAAGGAUGCGUAUCAUGAUGAGAGGAGCGUGGAUAAUAGAGUUAGUAACCGUGGUCGCGAGUUGUGUCGUGGGGGUAGUAAUGAUGAAUGGAGAUGGAAUCAUGGCAGUAAUGAUGAGGGUUUGUUGCCAUCAGAAAACAGACGGCCUAAAUUUGUGAAGAAUGUUUCGAGUUCGGGUAGAUUUAGUGGUAGGUUAGGGAGUGGGGUCAGUGAGGGAGAUUUUGUUAGAUCCAAGAAGAAGAGGAAAGUGCAGGGGAAAGCUGCCAAUCGUAGGAUUCAAUCAGGAAAAAUUUGCAGUUCAGACGAUGGAGGUCAUAAGUGUAUGCCCAUUCAAAAGGAGCCGGUUGAAGGUAGCUUUAGAGCUGAGAAAAAAGAUGGGUUUAAAAGCUUGCGAACUAGAAUGGAUGGUAAUAGAGAGAGGGAGGAGAGCCCGGAGCUUGCUGUUUCAUUCAAGUCAAAUGCGCUUGUGGCCAAGGCUAUUUUGGCACCACCUCGUCCAGAUGUCAAGACCGAUAUAACUUCGUCCCUUGUGAAAUCUGAAUUAACAUCUAGUAAGUCUGGUACACACACGGUCAAAUCCAUUGAGGAUGCGGUUAAAAUUGAUCGGUUAGCAAGUGGUCAGGAUCCCCAAUCUAAUUUAAAUGGCACUUCAAAAGAGCUUGUAGAUAAAGCUGUGAUUCCUGAAAGUGGAAAUGUGGAGUAUGAUGCUAAUGAUGCUGGUGAAAUUUCUGGAGAAGAUCAAACUCAGAAAGUUAUAUCUUUUCAAGGUCCCACCAGCACUAGAUCUGCCGGCGUACAGCAAAAUCAGUUAAGAAAAAAGAGGAAGGCUAGAAAGAAGUUUUUUCUUAAAUCCAUUAUGCAUAUGAAAAGAGAUGAGAGCCAUAUUAUUCCCUUUACUUCAUCUGAAUCUGUACAGCCCAGCUCGGACACUACACUUCCAAAAUGUAGUGGUUCUUGGAAACCCUGUGGUCCUAAUUUGAAGAGAAAAAGCAGCUGUUUGACAACAUCAUCUGCUUCUGUAAAUGUGCCUGAUAGUGUAAUUCCCAACUCUUUGGAAAAUCGUGCAGAGAGAUUAGAAAUUUCUACUGAGAAUGUGGGUGCUGAAAGUUAUUCUCAUAAGACUUUCCUGGCUAACGAGAGUAUUUGUCCUGUGAACAGCAUUGAAUUGAAUCAGCAUUGUACUAACGUGAACGGUGAGAUCUCUGUAUUUAAUGCACAGAAGACCGAAAUGGAGCGUAUUGAUCAUUUUAAUAACUUGCUCCCUGAUAAGGUGGAUGAUAUUAGUGAACAUCCAUUAUUGGAAAAUUCUUUUGCUAAUGGACCUUCCGAGGUCACAGGUUCUCUUGAUGGUAUUGCUAUUGCUGACUUGUCUCAGGAAAAUCAACGUUCUCCAGAAAUCCUAGCAUCAAAUGCAUCUUCAGAAUCUGAUAGUGUAGUGCCUAUAAAGCCUGAGAACGAUAACUAUACAGAUGCUAAAUCGGAAAUAGUCUUUCUGAAUGUGGUCAACACGCCACACGUUGUGGUAGAUUCAGUAGAAUAUAGAAGUUUACAAGAUGUUACAAUGUCAGAUUGUUCAGAUGUCAUUCCUACCACUAGUGAUUUUCUUUCAGCACGACAUGGAGGGAUCUUAGUUAGUGUUUGUUCUCCAAAUGACUUGAGCAAAAAGGCAUCAAUUGAUGACUCUCGCUCCCCGGAAGGAUCUCUGGAGGCCCAGAAAAAUGCCAAAACUUGCAUAUCUGCCGAUUAUUCUUCCAAUGUCACUAUGACGAGGAAAGCCCCGAGUGCUCAGAUGGGUUUUUCUGAUAUUGAUGUGGCCUCUGGUGUAACCACCAGUGAUGAAGGUGGACGACUGUUGGCUAAGGUUCCUCUUCCUGCUACAGAAACUGAAUUUCUUGGUGAGAGAGGCAAAUCCGAAGAGGUUGACAAGUCAAGUAGAGGACCGUCCGGAGUUGAAAAACGAAUGUUGGAGCUUGCUUUUCAUCCAAAUGACUUGUAUCCUAGCUGCAGUAAGAAGAGGAAAGCAGCCAGCCCAAAAUCAUAUCUAUCAUCUUUUUCCAAAGAUGAGAUGGUUGCAGAUGGGCUUAGUGGUGAUUGCUCAAAACUUUACCAGCGGUCUAUUGAACUAGUCAAGUCUGAAGCUGAAAAAAAUGAGGAUUCAACCUUUUCAAGAAAAAUUGAGCAAUUAUCUUCCCAAUCAGAAAAUGAAAUGAUCUGCGGCCGAGAGAAUGUAUCCGGCAGAAAGCCUGGGUCUUCUGAUAUUAAUCUCUUCCCAUCUGGGAAAUCUGUGGAGAAGGUAGCUUCAGACAUGUCGCAAAUUAAUGACAAUCUCUCACGUUCUUUGCCUGAGGCUAACCAUGGGGUGGUAAAGAAAUCAUAUUAUCUACAUGGAAAACAAGGCGUGAGUCUGAACCAGUUGAUUACUGCUAGCCCUAAAGUUUUUCCUGGUAAUUCCUUAAAUUUUAGCAAUUCAAACAAGCUCCAACCUAAGCAAGGUUCAAAAUCAAGGACAUGGCACCGAAACAGUAGCUCCUCUGUGACAGUCACUGAAACAAAAUUACAAUCUUCUUCCAGUCCUCAGAGUCAUGGAACCAAGACAGAUCAAACUAUUCCAAGUUCAUAUAUACGGAAAGGUAAUAGUUUAGUGAGAAAUCCUUCUCCGGCUGUCACAAGUGUGCCCCACCGUUCAAGUCGCUCGGUUUAUAGGCUGACUCCCUCUACAGAUAUCUCAAAGAACGGUGGUUUAGUGAGAAAUCCUUCUCCUUCUGCUGUCACAAGUGGAUCUCAUUAUCCAUGUCACUCGGUUUAUAGGCUGACUCCAGGUACAGAUGACUUGAAGGAUAACCAAGCAACUGAUUGCAAGACUGGUGAAGCUGAUGCGCAAUCUAUCACGAGAAUGAAGCCAGUAAAUAAUACUGAAAUGUCUUCUGAAUCAAAAGAUGCUUUGGAAGAGUGUAUGAAGUCCUCUGGGGCUUUUGGCCAGGCUGAUUCAGGCAUUAGCUCGAAGAACCAGGGUACACCUGAUGAAGGUAAUCUGCAGAAGAAGAUAAUGUAUGUUAAGAAGAGGUCCAAUCAAUUAAUUGCAGCUUCUAGUUCUGAGAACAUGUCUACAUUAGGGGUAGAUAAAAAAGGCCAAGCAUCAUCAUCUGAUGGUUACUACAAGAGGAAGAAAAAUCAGCUUGUCAGAUCAUUGUCAGGAAAUUAUGGAAGAAAGGCGGAUGCAAAUGGAAACUCACGUAGGCUUGUGUCUCGUGCAAUUCUUCCCAGAUUAUGUACCAGGCAGCAGUCCGGCAUUGCUAAGCGUUCAAAAUUGUCAUUUGUGUGGAAACUGCACGAUAUGCAUUCUACAGAGAGGCAUAAGACUUUGGUGGUACCUCAGAAAGUUGUCCCACGAUUCUUUUCGUGGAAAAGAACUGCACAUUGGAGAAGUUUUAUGCAUGCUUUAAGUACAAAACCGAACAAGAGUUCCUUUCCAACUUCCAGACAAACAUUGCUGUUCUCCAGAAAGAGAGGCGCUAUUUACACAAGAUCAUCUCAUGGAUAUUCUCUUAGGAUGUCCAAAGUUCUAAGUGUCAGUGGUUCAAGUUUGAAGUGGUCAAAAGCAAUUGAUAAAAGCGCGAAGAAAGCCAAUGAGGAAGCUACGCGGGCUGUUGCUGUUGCUGAGAAGAGGAAAAAGGAAGAAAAUGGUGUUAUUCACAUUGCUUCAAAGAGCAGAAAUAAUGUUUCUCGAGAACGGAUAUUUCGCAUUGGUUCAGAGAGAUAUAAAAUGGACCCAACAAGAAGGACCCUUCACAGAAUUACAGCAGAGAAGGAAGAAGCAUCAUCCCCGGUGGUUCUUCAAACCGAGAAGAAUGUGAAGAGGUCUUAUGUUCCCAGGAGGUUAUAUAUUGGCAAUGAAGAAUAUGUUCGGAUUGGCAAUGGUAAUCAACUGGUUAGAGAUCCCAAGAAACGAACUCGUGUUCUAGCAAGUGAGAAAGUCCGAUGGAGUUUGCGUACUGCUAGACUGAGGAUGGCUAGAAAGAAGAAGUUCUGCCAGUUCUUCACUAGAUUUGGAAAAUGCAACAAAGAUGAUGGGAAGUGUCCAUACAUUCACGACCCCUCUAAAAUAGCUGUCUGCACUAAAUUUCUGAAUGGUUCUUGCACCAAUCUUGACUGCAAAUUGACACACAAGAUUAUCCCUGAGAGAAUGGAAGAUUGCUCGUACUUUUUGAAAGGGUCAUGCUCGAACGAGAAUUGCCCUUAUAGACAUGUGAAUGUUGAUCCUGAUUCCACUGUUUGUAAAAGUUUCCUCCGAGGUUACUGUGCUGAUGGAAAUGAGUGCCGGAAGAAACACACCUAUGUGUGUCCAGCUUAUGAAGCACGAGGGUCAUGCCCCAACCCGUCUUCGUGCAAGCUCCACCACCCAAAAAAGAAGACAGAAAAGCAACAACCCACGAUCGAGCAGAAGACCUUAAAGGGCCGAUAUUUUGAUGGUGGGCUCAUUGGGAAAGCUGAUUUUACCGAUAUCCCAACCGAGAGGGCUCUGGCAAAUGGUAAGGAUGAGAUGGUUCUCGAUGGGAAGAAGUAUCCGGAUUAUAUCAGUUUAGAUGUGGAUGAUGAUGAGAUGGACCAGGCUUGGGACUCGGAGGAUGAACAAAUGCCCGAUUUCGAUGUUCUUGUCUGA